CUUUUUUCUCUUUAUCACUUUUUUUUUUUAUUUUUAUAAUGUCAGACAUUGAUCACUUUUCUCUUUUACUUGAUGAUUCUGACAACUUUCUUCCAAGAGUUGAAGAGAUUCUAAAAGAUAUAUUUGACCAUUUUGAUGAGGAUAAGGAUAAUCUUUGGAAUACAAAAGAAUUACAAGCGUUUGCUGAAGCCACUAAUGGACGACCUUUUGACAAAUCUUCUCUUGAAGAAAUUGCGGAAUCAUUUGAUGUAGAUAAGGAAAACAAUUUGACUUUUAGAGGUUUUUAUGAAAUGUAUCAUAUCCAAACUUUAUCAGAUCCUGAAGAAACUUUGAAUGAUUUCAAGAAACAUGGAUAUGAUGAUAAAUUAGAACUUGUGACAUCUCGAACUCGCGAUGAAACUCCAAAAGAACCCAUUGAACAGGAUUAGAUUUUAUAUAGUUACCAUGAUGUAGCAUUUCAUUCCCCAAUUAACAGAAAUAAAAUACAUUCGGACUUGAAAAUGGUGGA